AUGGAUCAAAAUGAGUAUAUAGAAGUAAGAAUCUUUGAAUCUGUCGGAGAAAUACCGAACGCCGAGCGCGAAUACUCCAUCAAAACCUUAAGCACGAUCCCUGAAUGCGACACCUCGAAAGUUUCCCGCAAUAAGCAAUCAUCGAAUUCGAAGCCGAUCAUCGAAUCCUAUACGCGUUCUAAGAAGAAGCCGGGCUCGCCCCGAGCUACGAGUGUGCCAUUAGACAUCGAUUUGCUGCUGCGAUACUACGCCUGCAACUCGAGCAUGGAGAAGUCGAUAAACCAAGUCCUGGCCAGGUCGAACGAUCAGGUUUGCAAGGACACGGAUCAGAGUCCAUUGCUGGAGUUGGGCGCGGCGUACAAAAUUUGCAACUCGCUGAAGGAAUCGGCUUCGAGGAAUUCCUUGCUGUCCACGUUCCGAUUUCACGAUAUAUUAAACAGAUUACAAUCGAUGGUUCGCCGAUGCAGUAGGGAAACUCUGAACGAGAUUUUAUCCAACGACCCGACGAUGAAAAUCUGCGAGCAUUGCGGAGUGAUCAGUUGCUCGAAGCAGCGCGGUGUCUCCGUGGACUCGCGGACAUCGCCGCCGAAGACUUCUUAUUUCUUGAGCACGCAACUAUUUCCUGACAUUGCUAGCAGCGGUGACGAUAAAUCGGAAAUGCAGUACAAGCGAAGAUUGAGUAAAGACGCGAAGAGACGCAAUGAUUUGCUAAAAGAUGGGAAUGCUGGUUACCAAAAACGCUGGGAUAAAGAGAGACGUGGGAGGGGGAUGAGUCUGAGCAUCGAUCGGGACAACGAUCUCCGUACGAGUCCUCAGCAAGUGGAAAUCAUGGUAGCGGAACGAGAGAACGACAGCGAGACACAAGGAACUUGUUCUACGCAGGGAGCGACGACAAAGGAAGAAGAUAGAUUGGAAUCGCAGGAUCAACAGAUUAGAAAUUCGCAGACGGGGAAGACGAUCAGUAAAGGGAAAGCUAAGAGCGGAGCGUCUCAUCAACCGAGAAUUGUCUCUAAUUGCGAGGAGGGAGACAAAGCCAAAAGUGACACCGCUGCCAAUGUUACGAGCACUUGCUUACGUGAAGGGUAUUUUAAUUCGGUAGACUAUAAAAGAGAAUUUCUAGGCGACGUGUCUAAUAAUAAACGUAACGAGUGGAGAACUUCGAGCAGGGAGCGGCCCGGUGUCAAGGAAUCGGGCGAGAGAGUCGUGAGAGACGUCUUGUAUGAAAAUCCUAAGUCGCGUUUCGAUAAUCUUAUAGAGAAAAUUUGUGCAUCGGCGAACGAUGGACAAGCUAUAGAAAGUAAACAGAGUACAACGGAUGCAGUUAGAAUACCGUCCGCUGAUGUAAUGUCGUAUUUGGCUUCCGGCCAGUUUAGAUCAAUGGACAGGGGAAAAAAAGAUUUCGUUUCGCAAUUGGACUAUAGGAGUUGCGCACGUUCUAGACGUGACAACAACCGUAGCUUCGUUCUACAUAACGAACGCGACUGCGACCCAUGUCCGAAUUCCGAAUUUCUGAUGUGUCAUAAACUGAUGCCAUCCGGCAAGGUCGUGAACAGCUCGAAGAUGCUGUCGAAAAGUUCUUUGAACUACGCGGAGCGUCCCAGGCACGUGGAGUCCUCGAGUAAAGCUCAAGAAUUCAAGAGUUUCACUUAUUUAAUGGAAGAGGAUUCGUUGGAAAAUUGUGUGAAGCCGUCGUCCGGCUUGGAACAGGCUAAUGAAAGCAACACGACGCUCUUCAGUUCGUCGUCGGCGGAAAAUAUGAUACGCAAAUGGGUGAAAGCUCCGCGGGGCAGUAAGGAGAGCAGCGUUUAUGAGACGUACAAGAGUUCUUACACCUCGAAACCGUCUGCGAUCGGUUUGGAUGCGGGGGCGUUUCGAACGAACGAAACGUGUGGCUACUGUAUGCUAACGAACACGUUAAUCAACGGGCAAAGCUAUUUGCAAGCUCAUAGUACAAAUCAGAUGACGGGGAAUAACACGAAGUUCGAUCGACCGAGUAUAGCGAAGGAUUUCAAGGCGUGGACUAGUCGAGAAUCGAUAAAGAAUAAAACGAGUGUAUCGAAUUCGAAGAAGAAUCGGGACCAGAGUAAAAAAUCGUUCAAAAGACAAAUAUUAACAUCUCUGAGAAGUAUCAAGUCCUUAAAGUUGUCGAAAUCCAAGGACAUUGAGGCAACCGCGAAAUCUCCUAGUAAUAGUUCGUUAAGCGACCACGUUAAGACUAUCUUCCGGCGAAUUUUUUACAGGGAAUCGUCUUUCAAAGAUAUGGCGAACAGCAAUGAGAGAUUCAAUAAGACGAACAACGUUCUGUCGCUCUAUCGGAAGGUUUUAGAAGGCACGGAGAGAAUGGACUGGCCGGCUUUCCAGCAGUUCGUUGAGAAUCUGCAUCCCGAUCAGAAGAAGUCGUGGCGAGAGAUUUGCAAGUCCAUUAACGACGAGGUGAAGAGAGUGGCCGGCGAGGAAGACGGCUAUACGGAAAUUUGUAUAGAAAUCGCUUCCGUUCCGUCGAUGGGCUACGAGGGGCGGAGAGGAGAGCGCAGUAACGAGAUCGUGUUCGAGAUGGAUAUUACACUCGGCGACGUCGAGAGGUGUCUCGGUAGGCAGUUACCUUAUCCCGAGAAAGAGCAGCUCGCCGCCCUCGAGAGAGCCAGCGAAUUCGCCAACGUUCGAAAUGAUGACGUUUGUGAUACUGAAGUGGCCUCCAAUCAAGCUGAAUAAGCGGUGUCUUGCAAUUUUCCUUAUACGUAACUCCCAUUGCUUUCUUCCUUAGCAUCGAACGUCUGUACUCCCUUCUAUCUUUUAUCUUUUGUAUAC